AUGUUGUUGGGAUACAACAUACCUACCUCACGCCACGGAGAACCCUAUGGAUCUUACAAUACCGGAUUCAAAAAAGAAAAAAUCCACCAUCGGAAAUGUUUUGAACAUGUGCAGACAGUUUUCACAGGAGGCGUGGAUUUUGAGCCCCGACGGCGAGGAAAUUCUCAAACCGUCGCUCUAUAUUAUGAGAAGUAUAGGGAUUAUUCACAUGCAUGGUGGCUGGAGUUAGAUCUCUUCCACUGUCUACACUGCCUGAAUCAAUUGCGGAAGGCGUUACGACGAGACGUCUAUCCCGAGGAAAAGUACCGCGGCAUGGUACAUCAACUACAAUGCAUUGAUCAUUUACGACAAGUCAUCCAGUGCCAAGCGACGUCUGUCAUCUCGCCUACCGAAUGGCGUAAUGGAUACGGCCAAUACGUUGCCCCGCAACAGGUGCAUACCUACCGCAACUUCGAGAAGCUACAUGAGUUCUCAAAGGCGAGGUGGAAUGGCAGUAUUUCUGUACCCAGAGGGAAGAGAGUGCCGCUGCAUCCGGAGCGAGUACACUCGUUACCCUGA